UGUAACACUUCCUUUUCAAGCAAAGGCCUCCGGUGGAAAACAUCAUACACCGAGCCUUACAAAUUCGUAACAUAAAUAGUGUUCCCCAAUACGUCUUUUUUACCACCAGAAGAGUUCUACCGUUUGUUGGAAUACCUGAACAUUAAAAGUAAUCAUGCCUCAGAACGAACACAUUGAGUUGCACCGUAAACGCCAUGGCUACCGCCUGGACCACCAUGAGAGGAAGAGGAAGAAGGAGAGCCGUGAGGCUCAUGAACGCUCUCACAAGGCACGCAAGAUGAUUGGCCUGAAGGCCAAACUCUACCACAAACAGCGACACUCUGAGAAGAUCCAGAUGAAGAAGACCCUGAAGAUGCAUGAGCAGAGGAAGAGCAAACAGAAGGAUGAUGAGAAGACACCAGAGGGAGCCGUGCCAGCGUACCUGCUGGACAGAGAGGGGCAGUCGCGGGCCAAGGUCCUCUCCAACAUGAUCAAACAGAAGAGGAAGGAGAAGGCUGGUAAAUGGGAGGUGCCCCUGCCAAAGGUGCGGGCGCAAGGGGAGACGGAGGUGCUGAAGGUGGUGCGGACGGGCAAGCGUCAGAAGAAGGCCUGGAAGCGCAUGGUGACCAAAGUCUGCUUUGUUGGCGACGGCUUCACACGGAAACCCCCCAAAUACGAGCGCUUCAUCCGGCCUAUGGGACUGCGCUUCAAAAAGGCUCACGUCACGCAUCCAGAACUCAAAGCCACAUUCUGUCUGCCCAUCCUGGGUGUGAAGAAGAACCCCUCCUCGCCCCUUUACACAACACUAGGCGUCAUCACCAAGGGAACAGUCGUUGAGGUCAAUGUCAGUGAGCUCGGUCUGGUCACACAAGGAGGAAAGGUCAUCUGGGGUAAAUAUGCCCAGGUAACGAACAACCCAGAGAAUGAUGGCUGCAUCAAUGCUGUGCUGUUGGUCUGAUGGAUCCUGUCUAAAUUAACUGUACCUCCGAAAGCUGCCGUUAUGCCUUCACCAGCACUGGGAACGUCUGGUGUCCUCCCAGAGCGUUUUGUAAUCAUUGGCCAAAAAUGAGGGAUUAUGGGACACUGUCGUACAACCAGAUGCAUCUCAGCAACUUUUGGAGUCAUUUCUGCAGUGGCAUGUAUUAUAUUUGAAAAUGUUCUGUUUAUAAUAAAAAAAAACUAUUAAAUUGA